AUUUGAGAAACAAAAAUAAGCAAGGCGAUUUAGGUCCAAUUAUCCCUACCCAAUUUCAAGACAUAACAUUAAACCGCAAAAUCAAACAGAUCUCAUUGAGCAAAUUUCUUCAAUGGCUUCGUCAGGGAAAUCGAUGAUCCAAACCCUAAAACGGUUCAUGAAGAAGCCAUGGGAGUUCACCGGACCUCAAACAAGCCCCGAGUAUUUAGGCUCUGUACCCAAGGCAACAGAGUACAGAAUCUUCUGUCCCGCCACUACCCAAUCUCAGGCCAUCAUCCCCACAUCCGAUCCUGAAACCGUCUUCGAUAUCAAUUAUUAUUCUCGUGACCAGAGGCGUAACCGUCCUCCAAUCAAGCGCACCUUCCUCACCAAAGCUGAUGUUGAGAAGAUGAGGAUGGAGUACAAGUUUGAUGUCAACGAUUUUCCUAAGCCUUAUUUGACUGCUAAGGUUGAAGAGGAUGAGAAUGCUAUUGGUGGUGGCUACCAGAAAUGAAGGCUUUGUUCUUGUGGCGAAGACUCCACUUACUGUCAAUAAUGGUAGCUGAUGAUGUUUUGCAGUGUCAGCCAAGUGUAUUGCAAAUGUACUCCCUUUUUUAAAAAUGUUGAGAUAUAUAUAUUCUUGGAGUAAUUUCCUUUGGUUUUAGAGUGAAAAGUUUCACCAGUUGAAUAAUUUUUUUGAUUUAGCUUAUGCGGAUUGUUCCAUGUCUUGUGCUUGAAAGAGUGAAGUUAGUCGAACGUCGCAUCUGAUUAGCUAUAGUCUGAUUUAGAUUUCCCAAAGGUAAUGGUGUUGCAGCUUUGUCUGAUAUCAUGCCAUGGAGUUCAAGAAAUAAUGAAAUUUCAAUUUUA